AUGAGCAAAAUUCGGCUUCGUCGAGAGGCAGACUUACCCGGCUGCGCUCUAGCUCUCAAGGCUGUUUACGCUACAAAUGGAUAUCCGGUAUACGGAGUAGGCGAUGCGAUAGGAUUCCUACAGACCGAUGAUACGGCCUGGGUAGCCGAGAAUAUGAAUGGCGAGAUCACGGGUCACAUUUCCCUCUUCAAGGCCAGUCCAUCCGAUGUGGCAGUAGCAAUGUGGUGGCAGUUACAUCCUCAAAAAGAACAACCCAUCGCAGUACUGGGAAGAUUAUUCGUACAUCCCGAGGCCCGAGGCGGCGGAAUAGCGAAUAAGUUGAUGCAGACUGCCCUUGACGAAGCGCAGCGCCGAGGCCAGAGGUUAGUCAUGUUUGCCUUGGCCAAUGUCCCGGAUGCCAUACGAAUGUACCAUCGACUAGGCUGGGAACACUUUGGGACGACGAUUUUUAGAUGGAAAGGAGAUGCAGGUGAGGAACUAGAGAUGGAUGCCCAGUGUUUUGCAAGCCCCGUCUCGGCCGAUAAGAGGUAG